AUGGACAGACAGAAGAUGGCCGGGGACGUCUAUGAUCUCGCCCAAUCACAGGAUCCCAUUGGCGCGCUGGUCAAGGAGUCGCUGGACGUUAUCGAACAUAUUCUGGCUACCUACGGGCCGGAACGGAUAUCGUUGAGCUUCAAUGGAGGAAAGGAUUGCACUGUGCUCCUACAUCUUUAUGUCGCUGCUCUCGCUCGCUGUCACCCAAACACUCAGUCCAUCGCCGCCGUUUACAUUCCCAUUCCCUCACCCUUCCAUGAACUAGAGGGUUUCAUCGCACAGGCUGCCAAGGCCUACGGUCUGGACCUCUUCACCUGCGUUCCUCCUUCGGGCAUUCCCUUGCCAGUCGAGAGCGUUACACCACCAAUAACGACACCUGGUACACAGCAUGAUUAUCUAGGGAACAGUGGCACACUAAAUCUUCCCGUCGGAGAAAGUCGGGGAGGUGAAGGAAUGAGGCGCGCGUUGGAACUGUACAAGUCACGAUUUCCACACAUUCAGGCAAUAUUGAUUGGGACACGGCGAACAGAUCCGCAUGGGGCAACGCUCACCCAUCGGAACAUGUGCGAUCCCGGUUGGCCGUCGUUUGAGCGCAUCAAUCCGAUCAUCAACUGGGCGUAUUCUGAUGUUUGGACAUUCCUUAAAAAGCUGCAAGUGCCUUACUGCGCGUUGUAUGAUCAAGGGUACACCUCUCUUGGUUCGACGUUCGACACGUUCCCUAAUCCUACACUACGUAUCCCCCCGUCUUCCGAUGCUUCCGAUUUCUUCCCCACUUCUUAUGUUGUCGUCGCCGAUAACCCAAAUGCAACGUGCCAAGCUGAAAAGACUCCUGUAUCGUCCCGAAUAUCGCUCCUGGAAGACCAAGACUUCGGAGCGUUUACCAUCGUGGCUAGCAACCCGGAUGGCAUAUGUGUCCCUGAGCCCAAUACAGAUCCAGAAGCUUCUUUCCAUCUUCGAAGUUCGUCGGCAGAAGGCGGUUACGGUCCCCUUCGCAUGAUCGCUGCAGACCCAAACACUAUGUGCACCCUCGAGUGUGCGGGCCCGGACGAGAAUAAGUCAUUCGACGCACGGAUAUCGACGUCCUCGCGAUACAGACCAGCGUAUGAGUUGACAGAUGGCAGUCUCGAGCGGGCUGGUAGGUUCCAGGGGGGGCAUUCGUGA